AUGGUGCGUGUUGAAGAACUCACCGCAGCCGAUGGCGGCAGCGCUGCCGCGGGCGACGGCAAUUUUUCUGAGCACGGAGAUGGCGAUGGGGGCCCCCUUUCAUGUUGGGAGGCGGGGCCGCCGGAAGUGGACGUGCCGAUCGCUGACCUGGCGGCGGACAUCGCAGCAGACAUGGCGGCAGCCGCCGCGGCCGCCGAGGCGGCGUGGACCGCGUCGUCGGCGGCGGAGGCGGCGCGGCCGCCGGCGUCAGCCGUCGCAGGUCCGAGUGCGCUCGCCCCUCCGGCCGCCCCGCCCACAGCUGCCCCCACGUCCGCGCCCGCCCCGCCCGCCGGCGGUCCCUCGCCAGACGCCCCGCCUGCCCCGGCUUUGCCACCGCCGCCCGCUGCCGACGCCGCGGCGACGGCGCGCCGCGAGGCGUUCGCAGCGCUGCGGCCCGCCUGCUCCAAGCUUCUGCAGCGGCGCGGGGACGCGGCGGCGCUGCGCGGCGGCCUGUCGGAGCUGAAGGCCGCUGUCGCCGCGGCCCCGCUGGCGGGCUUGGCGGCCUGCUGGGAUUACGUAUCUUUCCCUUUGUUCAUCGCCCUCGAUUCGGCGGCCGCUAUCCGCCGCCAGCGCGAGGCUGAGGCGGAGGCCGAGGCAGCAGCCGUCGCCGCCGCCGCCGCAGCCGGCGGCCGAGCGCAGCUGGCGGCCGUGCCGGCGCCGGCGCCCGCGGCCGCGGCGGCCGUGCCCGCGGCCGCCAGCGACGCGGUGGCGGAGGGGUUGCUGGAGUGCCUUCUGCUGCUGGUGCGGCGGGCGCCGCCGGGGGAGGCGGACCAGCUGGCGCCGCUGCUGGAGAAGCUGCUGCCCCUGGCGCAGCUGGGGCCGGCGUACGCAUCUGAGGAGACCCGUCUGAAAACCCUCGAGUGCCUCGAGGCCGCCCUCCUGCCCGCGGCGGACACCGCAACCGACCCUGGCCGCGCCGCCGUCGCUUCUGCCGCCGCCGCAGCGGCCGCGGCGCCCGCCGCGCCCGCGCUACUGUCGCGGCCGGAGGCGGCGCCGCUGGUCGGCGCGCUGAUCGUGGCGUGCCUCUCUUCUGCAGAGGGCGAGCUGGCGCUCGGCCCCGCGGGGUCGCGGGCCGUGCGCGCGGCCGCGCUGCGGGCGACGCGCGCGCUGGUGCUGGCGGCGGCGGGCGACGUCGACGCUCUGGCCUUCUUUCUGCCAGGCCUAGUCAGCGGAUUCAACAAGCAGCUGCUCGCGUCAGGCAAGGGCGCCGCUGGCGCGGGGCAGACCGGCGCGGCUGCGGGCGCCGCCGCCGCAAUCGCCGCCCUUGAAGGACUAACAGACGCCAUCCUAUUGGUCCUCGGGGACGCAGCCGUCGCGCCGCUGCUGGAAACGGACCCGGAAGCUGCUCGGCAGCUGCGGCUGCAGCUGGGCGGCGCGCCGCUGCCGCCGGUGGGGGAAGCGGAGGGGCCCGAGGGUGUGGAGCGCCAGGCGCUUGCGGCGUUGGAAAGGAUGUCGCUGUCUGUCUUGGCAGACGGGGCCAGCGGCGGCACGUUUGAUGCGCAUCCACGGGCGCAGGAUCAGGGGCAGCAGCAGCGGCGUCAGGCGGAGGACCAGCAGCAGCAGGAGCAGCGGCGGCAGCAGCAGCAGCAGGAGCAGCCGCGGCGCCUGCGGGUCAACCGGGACGCCGAUUGGCUCGUCAGCACGAGCCGCCGCGUGCAGACCGUCCUCGCCCUCGCUCUGCCGCCGCUGAUGACGCACCCGCGGCCGUCCGUGCGGGUGGCGGUCGCCGCCGCUGCGGCGCGCCUGCUGGACGGCGCGGCGGCCACGCUGCACGGCAGUUGGCAGGCGCUGACUGAGAUCCUGCUGACGCUGGCUCAGGACGAGUGGCCGCAGGUCUCAGGGUUUAGUUGGCGCUGGCUCGCGGGGCAGCAGCAGCAGCAGCACGAGCAGCAGCAGGAGCAGCAGCAGCAGCAGCAGGAGCAGCAGCAGCAGCAGCAGGAGCAGCAGCAGCAGGAGCAGCAGCAGGAGCAGCAGCAGCAGCAAGAGCAGCAUCAAAUGCUGCUCAACGCAGGCGCGGGUGGCGGAGGCGGCGCGGCGCUCGGGGCUGGGGAGGAGGAGGGGGCCGCCGCUGGGCAGCGGCGGGCGCGGCUGGGCAGUCUUUUGGGAUCGCUGGCGCGGGAGCUGCUGCCAGCCGUCAGGGGCGGGGCGGAGCGAGGGGCGCUUGCGGCGCGGCGGCUGACGACGGCGCUCAUGUGUUCUGGCCCUGAGGAGGUGGCCGCGGCCCUGCUAGAUCCGCCCUCGACACUAGAUGACCUGGCGGGCUCGCUGGUGCGCUGCUUUGAAGCAGACCCGUCCGGCGCCGCCCUGCUGCUGCACGCACCCCCGGCGCCGGCCGGCCCGUUCGCCUCCGCGGCCGGCGGCGCGGCCGCGCCGGCGCCGGCGCUGCCGCGGAUGCCGCUGGCGCUGGUGUAUCUCGCCUCAGACCCGUCCUACUCGGCUGUGGCAUCCGUGGCGCGGGCUCUGGGGCGCCUGGCGCGGCGCGCAGACCCCUCAGGGCUGCGUCACCUGCGGCGGCUGUUCGAAUCGCUUGAGGCGCGGAUCAAGGCCUCGCAGCAGCGCGGCCAGCAGCAGCAGCAGCAGCGGCAGCGCGCGUCGGCGGCGGCCGGCGGCCGGCGGCGCGGCGCCGGCCUCGGGGCGGAGGGGGCCAGCUGGCAGUGCGAGUGCACGGCGGCGGUGGCGGUCGCGAGCGAGGUGGUGUUUGGCGCGUCGGGCGCGUGGGAGGCGCCGCGGCCUGCGUCUGUGCAGGACGGGCGGCCGCGGCUCGAGGCGGACGGCGGCGCUCCUGAGACCUUGCCAGGGCCUGGAGCCGGUUGCGGCGACCUUGGAAGCUAUCAGGACGGCGUGCCGGCAGUGGGUGAGGCGGACGCAGAGUUUGAGGCGCUGACGUGGCGCUUCCUUGAGAUCAUCACGAAUGAGCGGCUGUGGGGCCAGCCCACCAGCCAGCCGCCCAGGGACGACGCCGCCGCCGCUGCCGGCGACGCCGAGGCAGCGCCGCCUCCACUGUCCGCCCAGCUGCUCGGCGAGAACGCGCUGCUGCUGCGCGCGCUGUGCGACGCUGCCGGCGCGGCUGCGCGCUGCUUGGGGCGCCGCUUCGCCGGGAAGCCGCUGCGCGCGGCGCUGCUGCCGCUGCUUGAGCGGCUGGGGGACCCGUGCGCGCUGGUGUCGGACGCGGCUGCCGGCGCGCUGGCCUGGGUCUGCAUCGCCUGCGGCUACAACCUCGGAUUGCGCGACCUCGUGGGCUCCAAUGCCGACUACGUCAUCGACGGCCUGUGCGCGCGCCUGCGCGCGCUGCGCAGCCGCGGCGGCGCGCGCGCGGCGCAGCUGCUUGCGGCGCUGCUGCAGCGGUGCGGGGUGGCGCCAGAGCUGCUGCCUCUGAUGGCGGAGCCGCUGAGGGGCGCGCUCUCGGCGCUGAGCGUGCUGGCGCGCCACGAGCAGCCGGGCCUGGUGCCGCCGUUCCUGCAGGUGCUGCGCUGCGUCGCGCAGGGCGCCGGCGCCGACGCGCGCGACCUCGCAGCCGCGUGGUGCGACGUGGACGCGCGCGCGCGCGAGGUCGCUGCGGCGGAGGGGCUGCUGGACGGCGACGGUAGCGGCGACGAGGCGGCGGCCGCAGCCGGCGGGGCCUCGGGGGCGGCGAGCGGCGGCGCCGGCAGCGGCAUCGGCCCUUCUGAGGCAGCGCCGGGGAUAUUGGAGGUCCGAGAAUACUUCCUGUCGCGCCUCGAGCGGCGGCGCACCGCCGAGGCUCUGCCUGGCGGCGUGAGGCUGCCGGCUGCCGCGGACGAUGAUGGCGUUGUGGAGGAGGCGGAGGGCGGGGACGCGGAGGAGGGGGACGGCGGCGGCGCGCCCAGGGUGCGCAAGCUGCUGCUGCCCGCGCCGCAGCUCGAGCAACUGGAGGCGCUCUGGCGCCGCGCGCAUGGCGCCGCGUCGCUCGCCUCCGCCGCCGCAGACGCCGCGGCCCCGCUGCUGCUGCAGCACGGCCUGCGCAGCGCGGUGCUGGCGCACGAGGUCGCGGGCGCGGCGCUCCAGGCACUUGCGGCGUCCACAGAGGCGGCAGAGACCGAGCAGGCGCUUUUCGAGACCCUCCUGAGCCGCGGCCCCGGCGCCGCGCUGCGGCCGGUCCGCCCGGAGACGCCUCGCCUGCUGCCGGCCGUGGCGGCGCUGUGGGGGCCGCUGCUGGCGGCGCUGCGCGCCAGCUCGAGCGUGCCGCUGGUGGAAGCUUCCCUGCAGCUUCUGGCGAGGCUGACGACGCUGGCCGGCGGCCAGUUCAUGGCACGGCGCCUGCAGCGGGAGGCGCUGCCGCUGCUGCUACGGCUGCUCAGAGACGGGCCCGCGGCGGCGGCGCGGGCGAACGCGCUUCUCGCGGCGGCGGCGGGGCCGCCAGGGGCGGGGGCCGGCCCGGGGUCCGACUUGGGGGGCGGGCAAAGCAGCGCGGACGCGCAGUCGGCGCUGCUGCGGCCGUCCCCUGUGGCGGGCCGCAGCUCCCUUCUGCUGGGCCUCGAGCCCGGGGCCGGCGCCGAGGCAGCUGCCGGCAAGGCGGCAGCAUCGGGAGUAAGCAGCAGCGACAGCAUGGGCGGCAGCGCCGGUGUCGGCGACCGCGGCGGCCACCUGACGCGCGCCGCGCAGCUGAUGUCCUCGGCCGCCCUGGCCCCCGCCGACGCCGACGGCGGCGCGCUCGCGGCCGGCGCGCUGCGCCGCGUGCAAACGGCGGUGCUGCGCUGCCUCGAGCAAGUGUGCGCAUCGGACGGCGCGCGGUCUGCGUUGGCGGGCGCCGUCUGGGACGUCGCCUCGGCCGCGGCGCCGUUCCUGUCCGACCAGCACCCCCUGGCCCUGCGGGAAGCUGCCGCGAAGCUGCUGGCCGCGGCGGCGCUGGCGGACGCGGAUGCGGUGUGGCUGCUGCUGUUUGAUCUGGCGGCGCAUGGCGGCGAGGGUGAGGCUGCCGCGGAGCUUGGGGCGGUGUCGGAGAGGACUCUGGUACAAGCCAUCGACGACGGCGGCGAAGGUGGAGGCACGGCACGUGUGCAGCAGCAGCAGCAGCAGCAGCAGCAGCAGCGCACUCAGAAUUUGCAGCGCGAGCAGCUGCCGGGGUUGCAGCAGCUCCUGCCCCCGCCGGCCCGCACACGACCUGGCAGUGGCCGCAGCGGUCGGGGCAGCGGCGGCGGGGGCGGGGGCAGGGGCGGUGGCGGGCCCGCCCUGACACCUGAGCUGGCGCGGCAGUGCGGCCGGCGCGCAGCUGCGCUGCUGGCCCGGCUCGAGGCCCCGGGCGGGGCGUGUGCGCCUGGCGCAUCUGCAUGGGAUGUGAAAGCCCUCCGGCAGCUCGAGCUGUACUCGAGCGACGCGGCCGCGUGA